GUUUUUCAGUUUACCAUAUUUAUUAUUUAUAUUCUCCCAAUUUGCGCCAACAAACAUACCACUCAAUUAUUAGAAAAUCUUAUGACGGACUACAACAAAGCAGUACGACCCGUACACAAUGCGUCGGACGCUUUGAAAGUGAAGUUUGGAGCCAAUUUGUGUAGGUUGAUUGAUGUGGACGAGGUCAAUCAGGUUCUAACCACUAGUCUUUGGUUAGAAAUGCAAUGGUACGAUAAAAAACUGACAUGGAAUCCGAGUGAUUGGGGUGGAGUUGAAUAUGUGCACAUUCCGUCGGAUCAAAUUUGGAUUCCUGAUAUUGUUUUGUAUAAUAAUAGUUCUGCUAGAUUUAGAUUAAAAAAUAUUCAAAUUUUUCUGAAAAUCUUGAAAAUUUCAUUUUCCAGCGCUGACGGGGAGCCACACAUCACGAUCACCAGUUUGGCGAAAAUCGAUCAUCAUGGAAGGGUUGUUUGGCAACCUCCAUCAAUUUAUAAAAGUUUUUGUCCGAUCAACAUCAAAUACUUCCCAUAUGACUGGCAAACAUGUGAGAUGAAGUUCGGCGGAUGGUCCAACGACGGAGAAACCCUAGAUUUAUACCAAAUCCCUGUCGACGUGAACGACGAACCUCAGAAAAAACAACAAGAAGACGGUGUGGAAUUUCUGUACCUCGAAAAAGGGCUGGGUCUCAGUUUUUAUCACGAAAGUGCCGAAUGGGAUUUGCUCAGUGCCACCUCGUCGCGUUAUGCUCAAAUCUAUCCGGGAUGUUGUGGACAGCAGUAUUACAUUGAUAUCAAGUACCGAAUCAUCAUUCGCCGAAAAGCCAUCUUUUUCACUGUGACCCUCACCAUUCCUUGCAUGUUGAUUGCUAAUAUCACUCCAUUUGUAUUUCUAAUUCUACCCAAUGAGCACAAAAUGACAUACUCGAUCUCGGUGCUUGUGGCGUUCUCUGUGUUUUACCUAGUACUCAUCGAUCUUAUUCCACCGACUUCAUUAUCUCUUUCUCUUAUCGGUGUAUAUCUCCUUUUUACACUUCUCAUUAUCUCGGUAUCGAUUAUUCUUUCCGUGGUGACGAUUAACAUGUACCGAAAACAAGCGUUCUCCUCUGAAAUGCCUCAUUGGCAGCGAUGGCUCUUCGUCCAACGACUCCCGAAGCUGCUCCGUCUGAAAACCUUGGAACACUCUUUGGAAUUCGAUGAUGGCAGCGAAACUACAACUCCUCGAACCGGAUCAGUAUCUGUCACUGCUUCAGUCACCCAGAAACAUCCAAAUCCUAAUAAUAGCUCUCCAGUUUUCCCACCACAAAGGUUAAGGCUGUUGAGUCUUGUGCAGAUGGAUGAGGCUUUGAAACAACGGUGCGUCGCAGAUAAUCUAGAUUUGUUUCGAAAAAUUGCUGGUCACUUGAAAAUCAUCUCCGCACAUUUUCACAAUCAGCAAAUGGAGAGCAAGAUAACGGAAGAGUGGCAACUCAUGUCUCUUGUCAUCGAUCGAAUAUUCUUAAUACUGUUCUUGGCAGUUAGUAUGGCGGCUAACAUAAUGUUUAUUUACAAUUCUCCAACACUAUUUGACGAUCGGCCCUCGUUAAUACCAUCGGCCGCUCACAAACCGCUCAGUGGUGGUACAAUAAACGUGCUGGACACCUGA